AUGACGGACUCCCAAUCCUCUAUAAUCUGGGCCCUCUAUUAUUUCGGUGCUGCGGAAAACUCGGGGGAAGCUGUGAUUGGAAAGAAAAGAAGAGGGAUGCUGGGCCCUGGGAACUGGCUCUUCCGGCCUUUUGUGCAGCCCCCGUCUACAGUUUCAGCGAGAGCCUUCAUCUUCCCGCUCAGUAUCGAUAGUCCCGUAAUCGAAUCCUCUGGCCAAGCCGUUACUUCACACUCAAUAUUUCACGCUCGCAGUAAGCAGUGCUCACGCAUCUAA